AUGGUCAAGGACAACAAGUUUUAUGAUAUCCUCGGGGUUGCCCCGACAGCUAGCGAAGCUCAGCUGAAAACCGCCUACAAGAAGGGCGCUCUUAAAUACCAUCCCGACAAGAACACAAACAACCCCGAGGCUGCCGAGAAGUUCAAGGAACUCUCCAAGGCGUAUGAAGUCCUCUCCGACCCUCAGAAGCGUCAGGUAUACGAUCAAUUUGGUGAGGAAGGUCUGGAGCACGGUGGUGGUGGCGGCGGCAUGGCUGCCGAGGACCUCUUCGCCCAGUUCUUCGGCGGCGGCGGCGGUGCCUUUGGCGGAAUGUUUGGCGGUGGUAUGAGAGAACAGGGCCCGAAGAAGGCCCGCACCAUCCACCACGUGCACAAGGUCAACCUGGAGGACAUCUACCGUGGUAAGGUGUCGAAGCUGGCGCUGCAGAAGUCGGUCAUCUGUGCGGGCUGUGACGGCCGCGGCGGCAAGGAGGGUGCCGUCAAGUCGUGUACCGGGUGCAACGGUACCGGUAUGAAGACCAUGAUGCGCCAGAUGGGACCCAUGAUCCAGCGUUUCCAAACCGUCUGCCCGGACUGCAACGGGGAAGGUGAAAUCAUCCGCGAGAAGGACCGCUGUAAGAAGUGCAAUGGCAAGAAGACCGUUGUGGAGCGCAAGGUGCUCCAUGUUCACGUUGACAAGGGCGUCAAGAACGGCCACAAAAUCGAGUUCCGCGGUGAGGGUGACCAGAUGCCUGGUGUCCUGCCCGGCGACGUCGUCUUCGAGAUCGAACAGAAGCCCCACUCGCGCUUCCAGCGCAAGGACGAUGACCUUUUUUAUUCGGCCGAGAUCGACCUGCUCACUGCCCUCGCCGGCGGUGUCAUCAACAUCGAGCAUCUUGAUGAAAGAUGGCUGACGGUCACGAUCGCUCCUGGCGAAGUCAUCACUCCUGGUUCCAUCAAGGUCAUCAAGGGUCAGGGUAUGCCGUCAUUCCGCCACCAUGACUUUGGCAACCUGUACAUCCAGUUCGGCGUCAAGUUCCCUGAAAAGGACCAGUUGAAGAACCUCGAGCUGCUCGAGCAGGUCCUGCCUACCCGGACCCCGCAGCCGCAACCGCCCGCGGACUCGAUGGUGGAGGACUUUGAAGUCGAGGACAUCGAUGCGAGCGAGCACUCGCAAGCUCGCGCCCACGGCGCCGCGAUGGACGAAGACGAUGAGGACGGCGUCCCCCCGGGUGCUGAGAGAGUGCAGUGCGCGUCUCAGUAA